CAGGAGAGGAGGGGAAGAAAAUUGGAUAGGGCAUUGGCUGCCGACAUUCACUUCAUCAUUCAUUCUCUAAAUGAGUCACAACCGAAACUGCGAACACUUUAUAAGUUGAGUUUCUUCAAGGGCAAUCUUGCAAGCAUCUGCAAUGUUUCUACUGGUAACAAUUCUGUUGUUGAGGGAAGUGGUUUCUGGAGCAGUGCUAUGCCCAGAUCAAAGUCAAUGCCCGGAAGGAACAACAUGCUGUCUGAUGCAAAGUAGUCAAUAUGGCUGCUGUCCGGUUCCAAAGGGUGUUUGUUGUUCAGACCAUCAGCAUUGUUGCCCACAAGGGUAUAACUGUAAUAAUGAAACGUGUGUGAAAGGAGGUCUUAGCAUUCCUUACAUCAACAAGAUCCCUGUCUUGGAGAGAUUGAUUGCUCGCAACAGCAUUGAGAGCCACAGCACAAAAGUAUUCUGUGAUGCCAUUCAUUACUGUCAAGGAGGAAAUACAUGCUGCAGGAAUCGAACUGGAGAAUGGGCUUGUUGCGGUUAUCCUCAAGCUACUUGCUGUGCUAAUGGCCUAAACUGCUGUCCUAAUGAAUUCACCUGUGAAAUCUCUGCAUCAAUUUGUACACAAAAUGGUCUCAAAAUCCCAAUGGAAACAAAGAAACCAUCACAAAAGAUAAUAAGUCUGAGCAGCAGUGUGAGCAGUGACAGCUCAGCUGUUAAGUGUGAUAGUGUGCAUUCCUGUCCAGAUGGAAACACUUGCUGUCGACAAAACACUGGACAUUGGAGCUGCUGCCCCCAUCCUCAGACUGUCUGUUGUUUUGCUGGAACAAUGUGCUGUCCCAAAGAUUACACAAGUGGUGUUUCCACUUCAUCCAGAGCAAUGAAUGGCCUGAGCAUUCCACUGGUGAGCAUGAUAUCUGCAGUGGAGUCAGCUCUGAGCACCAGUGUGAGCAGUGACAGCUCAGCUGUUAAGUGUGAUAGUCUGUAUUCCUGUCCAGAUGGAAACACUUGCUGUCGACAAAACACUGGACAUUGGAGCUGCUGCCCCCAUCCUCAGACUGUCUGUUGUUUUGCUGGAACAAGGUGCUGUCCCAAAGAUUACACAAGUGGUGUUUCCACUUCAUCCAGAGCAAUGAAUGGCCUGAGCAUUCCACUGGUGAGCAUGAUAUCUGCAGUGGAGUCAGCUCUGAGCACCAGUGUGAGCAGUGACAGCUCAGCUGUUAAGUGUGAUAGUGUGUAUUCCUGUCCAGAUGGAAACACUUGCUGUCGACAAAACACUGGACAUUGGAGCUGCUGCCCCCAUCCUCAGACUGUCUGUUGUUUUGCUGGAACAAGGUGCUGUCCCAAAGAUUACACAAGUGGUGUUUCCACUUCAUCCAGAGCAAUGAAUGGCCUGAGCAUUCCACUGGUGAGCAUGAUAUCUGCAGUGGAGUCAGCUCUGAGCACCAGUGUGAGCAGUGACAGCUCAGCUGUUAAGUGUGAUAGUGUGUAUUCCUGUCCAGAUGGAAACACUUGCUGUCGACAAAACACUGGACAUUGGAGCUGCUGCCCCCAUCCUCAGACUGUCUGUUGUUUUGCUGGAACAAGGUGCUGUCCCAAAGAUUACACAAGUGGUGUUUCCACUUCAUCCAGAGCAAUGAAUGGCCUGAGCAUUCCACUGGUGAGCAUGAUAUCUGCAGUGGAGUCAGCUCUGAGCACCAGUGUGAGCAGUGACAGCUCAGCUGUUAAGUGUGAUAGUGUGUAUUCCUGUCCAGAUGGAAACACUUGCUGUCGACAAAACACUGGACAUUGGAGCUGCUGCCCCCAUCCUCAGACUGUCUGUUGUUUUGCUGGAACAAGGUGCUGUCCCAAAGAUUACACAAGUGGUGUUUCCACUUCAUCCAGAGCAAUGAAUGGCCUGAGCAUUCCACUGGUGAGCAUGAUAUCUGCAGUGGAGUCAGCUCUGAGCACCAGUGUGAGCAGUGACAGCUCAGCUGUUAAGUGUGAUAGUGUGUAUUCCUGUCCAGAUGGAAACACUUGCUGUCGACAAAUCACUGGACAUUGGAGCUGCUGCCCCCAUCCUCAGACUGUCUGUUGUUUUGCUGGAACAAGGUGCUGUCCCAAAGAUUACACAAGUGGUGUUUCCACUUCAUCCAGAGCAAUGAAUGGCCUGAGCAUUCCACUGGUGAGCAUGAUAUCUGCAGUGGAGUCAGCUCUGAGCACCAGUGUGAGCAGUGACAGCUCAGCUGUUAAGUGUGAUAGUCUGUAUUCCUGUCCAGAUGGAAACACUUGCUGUCGACAAAACACUGGACAUUGGAGCUGCUGCCCCCAUCCUCAGACUGUCUGUUGUUUUGCUGGAACAAGGUGCUGUCCCAAAGAUUACACAAGUGGUGUUUCCACUUCAUCCAGAGCAAUGAAUGGCCUGAGCAUUCCACUGGUGAGCAUGAUAUCUGCAGUGGAGUCAGCUCUGAGCACCAGUGUGAGCAGUGACAGCUCAGCUGUUAAGUGUGAUAGUGUGUAUUCCUGUCCAGAUGGAAACACUUGCUGUCGACAAAACACUGGACAUUGGAGCUGCUGCCCCCAUCCUCAGACUGUCUGUUGUUUUGCUGGAACAAGGUGCUGUCCCAAAGAUUACACAAGUGGUGUUUCCACUUCAUCCAGAGCAAUGAAUGGCCUGAGCAUUCCACUGGUGAGCAUGAUAUCUGCAGUGGAGUCAGCUCUGAGCACCAGUGUGAGCAGUGACAGCUCAGCUGUUAAGUGUGAUAGUGUGUAUUCCUGUCCAGAUGGAAACACUUGCUGUCGACAAAACACUGGACAUUGGAGCUGCUGCCCCCAUCCUCAGACUGUGUGUUGUUUUGGUGGCACACGAUGCUGUCCCAAGGAUUUUUCUACUUUGUUCAAGACAUCAAGUAGUCUGAGCGUUCCAGUUAACAGGAUGAAACCUGUAAUGGAGAUAAACGCUUUGAGCAUUCAGUUUAACAGUGGCAGAUCAGUCACAUACUGUGAUAAUCUGCAUUACUGUUCUGCUGAAAAUACAUGUUGCAGACUGCCUAGUGGAUCUUGGGGAUGUUGCCCCAUUCCUUCUGCUACAUGUUGUAAUGAUGGUGUGCACUGCUGUCCUCAUGGCAUGAAUUGUGAUGCAGAAAAUUCCUUCUGUACAACGGAUAGUAUCCGUAUCCCAUGGUUCAACAAAAAACCUGCACUCAUCGCAACAGACGUUGUCAAUAGUGUUGGUCGUGAUAGUUCGGUGGUCAACUGUGAUAAGACAUAUUUUUGUAAAGAUGGACUGACCUGUUGUCCAACGGCUAUGGGAAGAUGGGGAUGUUGCCCAUUUCCUAAUGGUCAAUGUUGUAAAGAUAAACAAACCUGCUGCCCUCGGCACUACAAAUGUAGUGGGGGUCCCAAAACAAUGACCUGCAAAUGGAAAAUCUGGAACUAGAUCUCAUCGGUUGGAAAUACUGAAGAGUUUGAAAACUUUUGAUGGAUUUUUCAUUAACUUUGCUUUACUUCACGGUCAUGUUUGCGUUAAAUGUUGGAAUAAAUUAUCCUUACAUUUACAUUUUACAUUUACAGUUUUAACUUACAUUUGAUUUAAUAAUAAUAGUGAUCCUUGCAUUUGAUAUAGCGCCUUAUCAAGUCUUCGAAACGUCUCAAAGCGCUUCACAGAAUAUACUGUGAAGUGAAUUGACUGUAUAUUUUGUGGGCAUUUAUAUCUAGAGGAUGUCUCAAAGUGCUUCACGGGAUAUACUUUAAAGUGGAGUAACUGCUGUAUUUGUAGGCUUGGUGCAGAUUCAAAUAAUUGCUUAUAUCUGACUUUAUUUGACUUUUUAUAAACCUGGCAUUUCAGAAAUCAGAAAAUUAGUCAUUUAAAAAUGUUGCUUUGCUAGAAUUGUCUUUGAAAUACACAAUCAGAUUUUCUAACUUUAACAGUGCUACAAUAAUUUUCUCUUUUGAAUUAAGUGAUUGAUUACAGUUGAAAACGUCUAUCUCUAAAUUGUCUAUUAAAUCUGUGUUACUGAUGAUGUACAA